UCGGUCAGGACGGUGCAUGGAUCUCAGAGAGAACUGAGCAGCGUGUGUGGACAAACAUGGAGCAAAAUGUUGGGUCGCUACAGGAGCAGGCUUUGAAGAGAAAAGAGAGGCUGAAAGCACUCAGAGAAAAACAGCUUCAUGGACGAGAGGAGGAUGGGGAGCCAGAGAAGAAAAAAGCUUCACUAGAGGAGACGACUUUAGAGAGGCACAGAGAGCUGAAGCUCAGGAAUUACACCCCUGAGGAUGAAGAGUUAAAGGAGAGACAAGUACCAAAGGCCAAACCUGCAUCUGUGGAGGAUAAAGUAAGAGACCAGUUAGAAGCUGCUAAUCCAGAGCCAAUUAUUGAAGAAGUGGAUUUGGCCAACCUUGCUCCAAGAAAACCAGACUGGGAUCUGAAGCGUGACGUGGCGAAGAAACUGGAGAAGCUGGAGAGGAGAACACAGAGAGCCAUCGCUGAGCUCAUCCGGGAUCGUCUGCGAGGCAGUGAGGAGGAGCUGGCCGGUGCAGUAGGAGCAGUAGGGGUGGAGGGAGGAGACUCAGACUGAUUUUAAGAUGUGACAGAUUAAAAAAAGAAUCCUUGCCUCCGUUUAUGAAGGCUGUACUAUCACGUCACGGCGGUGCUUCAAGAGACAGCUGAUUUCAUCUCUGCAGGGAGCUGUGUUUUUCAGAUAGCCAUGUUGUAGUAUGCUCUGUUAAUGCAUUUAGUUGAUAAUGCUACCAUCAAUGUUCUGUUGUAUAUUUUUAUAUUUUCAAGUAAAAUGUGUUUUUCAAAUGA